CGAUAUCGAUGGCUAUUCCCACCUCUACUUGACAACCGAGAAAACAAACGCUCUGCGAAUAAUUAGUUAAAUUUAGUUAAGAAUAACUUUUUCAGACAAUGGCCGAUUCCGAUGAUGAAUAUGAUCGCAAGCGACGUGACAAAUUCCGCGGCGAGCGUAGUGACAGCUAUAGAACCGAGCGGCGCGAUGAGCGGCGUCCGAUAAGCAGUUCAGGUGGAGCCCGUGAUGAAUGGAAUCCAUUCCGUGGCUCUUCGGCCGCGGGUGGUGGCGGUGGAGGCGGAGCACGUCAUCGUCCGGACUACAGUGAUUAUCGUAGUCCCGGCGGAGGAGGCCCAAGAGCACGCUAUGGCUCACCAGGAAGAGAAAUGCCGCCAGCCAAACGUAUGCGUCCCGACUGGCCAGACGAGGGGAUGCGCUCAAAUCCUAGAUUUGGUGGCUAUGAUCCAUAUAUGAUGCAAGCAUGGAAUGAACAUUAUCAAUCUUUACACUAUUCGCAUGGCGGUGGACAUAUGCCCAUUGCACGUGAAACUUCUGGUCCUGGCAUCGGCAAUGAUACACAAACCCAACCAGCCAUGUUGACAUUGAAACAAUUUCUGGAUACCCAAGAUGAGAAUAUAUCCGAUUCGGAAGUGAUGCGCAAAUAUACUGAAUAUAAAACGGAUUUCAAACGUCAGCAGCUCAAUGAGUUCUUUGUGGCUCACAAGGAUGAGGAAUGGUUCAAGAACAAAUACCAUCCCGAGGAUAGUGUUCGACGUAGCGAUGAGCAACGUGGUUUCCUUCAGCGCCGUUCAUCUGUGUUCGUAGAAUUGCUGGAGAAUGGCACCAUUGGCAGUGUUAAAGUGGAUUCCUCUCAGGCAGAUCCUUUGGUGCGUGUCCUGGACAUGUGUGUAAUUAAGCUAGAAGGCGGCACCGAUGAGGAUCUUAAGAUACUUGAUGAAAAGCCAAAGGAACCCUUGGUCUUUGAGCGCAAAAUUGAACCCAUUCAGACAACGGCUGCUCUUGCUGCUGCUACUGCUACACCCAAGAGUCCCAAGAAGAACGAGAAUGACAAUGGGGUGGCAGUUGUAGUGUCGCCACAGAAAAAUGACUUGAAGCCUGUGAAUUCCGAUGAAGAGAACUGGGAGACAGAUAAGAAAUCUGAUGAGAAUGAUAAGAAUGAUAAUGAGCAGGGCGAUGGCGAUAAGAAAGGCGGCGAGAGCAGCAAAAAGCAAUUGAAGAAGAAAAAGAAAACUAAGAAACGUAAACGCAAGAGCAGCGAUGAUGACGAUGAUGAGAGUUCUUCAUCAGAUUCCGAGUCCAGUUCAAGUUCAGAGGAGGAAGAAGAUGAAGAGGAGCUUAAGAAAAAAUAUGAUGUAGAAGAUGGACUAAGGACAGAACAAAAGGCAGAACAAGAAAAAGAUAAAAAAGAAGAAGAGGCAAUAAAGGCAGCUAAUGUGGAGGAACAGCCGAAAGCAGAGGAAGUGCAAGAGAAAAUCGAGGAUGAGAAGGAGAAGGUGGAGGAGGAGCCAAAGCCAGAUGUAAAAACUGAAGCCGAAGCGGUCGCAGAACCGGACGCAGAGCCGAAGAAGGAAGAGGAGGAGAAGGCAAAGGAGCCAGAGGACGAAGAAAAGAAACCUGAAACUGAAGAGACAUCCAAAAUGGAAACUGAAAAUGGUGAAAGCAAAGAAGAGACUAAACCAACACCAGAACCAGCCGUGGAGUCUGCGCCUGCAGCUGAUGUCAUUGAAAUGGAAACCGAAACCAUUGAUCUAGAUAAGGUCAAGGAUGGGCCACAACCACGUGCCCUACAUCGCACUGCCUCCAUUUUCCUACGCAAUUUGGCUCCAUCCAUAACCAAAGCCGAAAUUGAAGCCAUCUGCAAUCGUUCACCGGGCUAUCUACGUGUGGCCAUAGCCGAUCCUUUGGUGGAGCGUCGUUGGUAUCGUCGUGGCUGGAUCACCUUCAGUCGCGAUGUCAAUAUCAAGGAGAUAUGCUGGAGUCUAAACAAUCAACGUUUGCGCGAUUGUGAGCUGGGUGCCAUUGUCAAUAGGGAUUUGAGUCGUCGUGUGAGGCCAACAAACGGAAUUACAGCCCAUAAACAGGUGGUGCGAUCCGAUAUAAAGCUGUGCGCUAAAAUUGCCAUGAAUCUGGAUGAACGUUUCCGUCUGUGGGUGGAUGAACCAGCACCAGCAGCAGAUGGAAAGGGGGAGACAGCAACAGAUGCCACCAAUGGAUCAAGUAGUGGUGCUACUACCUACGGCUUCAAUACCAAGAAUCCAGUGCUCCAAAAUAUAACCGAUUACCUCAUUGAAGAAGCCUCUGCGGAGGAGGAAGAACUCUUGGGACUCUCGGGCGAUCAGAAUGAUGUCGAGGGUGAACCCAUCGUAAGGGAUGAGCAAUUGAUUGCCGUCUUGGACCGUCUUCUUCUCUAUCUACGCAUUGUUCAUUCGGUGGACUAUUACAAUCACUGCGAAUAUCCUUAUGAGGAUGAGAUGCCCAAUCGUUGUGGCAUCAUUCAUGCCCGUGGCCCCGCCCCCAUGAAAGUGACCAGCAAUGACAUUCAAGAGUACAUUAAAAGCUAUGAGGGUAAACUACAACAGUUCCUUACCAAAACUGUUCUCCUAACCGACGAUGACAUCAAAGAUCUGGGCGCCAAGGAUGCCGAAACUGAAGUGGAGAAGUUUGUUCAGGCGAAUACUCAAGAAUUGGCCAAGGACAAAUGGUUAUGCCCGCUCUCGGGCAAGAAAUUCAAGGGCCCCGAAUUCAUACGCAAACACAUUUUCAACAAGCAUGAGGAAAAGGUCGACGAAGUGCGCAAAGAAGUUCAGUUCUUUAAUAAUUAUUUACGGGAUCCCAAGCGUCCGCAGCUACCCGAACAUCCGGGUACAACGAAACGCCCAGAAUUCGAACCAUCUCGUGGAGCAGGCGGCUAUCGUCCGGCUAUGUAUCCGCCAUUUGGAGGUCUACCCUAUGGUUUUGCCCCACCCAUGCCCAUGGGUGGACGUGGAGGUGGACGUGGUUAUCAAGCACGCAGACCCGGUGGUUUUGAUUAUCGACCCAGAUCACACUACCGGGACUUGGAUGCCCCGCAAGAGCCGUACUAAACUAAAAAUAGAACCCCAAACAAAACAAAACUCACUAUAAUCGAAACGAAACGAAUUGUCACGCACUCAAUCAAUUAUUAAUUAUCUAAUUAAUUAAUGUAAAGUUUUUACAUUUUAUUAAGCAACAAAAAACAACAAAAGAACUUAAAA